UAGAGGGCGUAAUGUUGAUUGCACUCGUGUUUUGUUUUUGACAUUUUGUCAGGUUUGUGGUUUUUGGCCGUCGUAAAAGACAACUUAUGGAGACUGAACUGUUAUCAUUUGUUAUUGUAAGAUGAACGACGGGUGGCUUGAGCUUGAGAGUGAUCCUGGUCUCUUCACAUUACUGGUUGAAGAAUUUGGUGUGACAGGAGUGCAGGUGGAGGAGAUUUAUGAUCUACAGAAACCAAUCGAGGGCCCUGUCUACGGGUUUAUCUUCCUCUUCAAAUGGAUUGAGGAGAGGAGGGCUCGUCGGAAGGUCCAGCCUAAUGGUGACGAGGCGUACCUGACGGAUAUCCAAGCGACUCGUGAUAUGUUCUUUGCCCAUCAGAUCGUACCUAACUCAUGUGCUACCCAUGCACUGCUCAGUGUGUUAUUAAACUGCCCCAGUAUAAAGCUCGGAGAAACUCUCAGCAGUCUCAGAGACUAUACAAGGGACUUUGGUCCAGAGAACAAAGGUUAUGCCAUUGGAAAUGUCCCCGAGCUUGCUCAGAUCCACAAUUCCCACGCCCACCCCGAGCCGAGACAAAUCCCGGAGAAGCAGAUCGGGAUCUUAACAACCAGAGCGAGGGAGACAUUUCACUUUGUCAGCUACGUACCCAUCAAGGACAGGUUGAUAGAACUGGAUGGCUUGAAACCACACCCGAUCGAUCAUGGACUGUGGGGAGAGAAUGAGGACUGGACAGAGAAGUUUAGACGAGUUAUCGGAGAGAGACUGGAAAACGAAGGUGGAUCGUCUGACAUCCGAUUUAACCUGAUGGCCGUGGUUGGUGACAGAUGCCAAUCCUACGAGCAGAAACUAGACACCCUCAAGAACAACAAACAGAUUAUACUUGACGCUUUGGAUCAGUUAAUUCAGGCUACCCAUCCUCAUCUGUUCGUCGAGGCAAAGCAUCAGCUCUCCCUACAAAUGUCUGAAUCGGAACCAACGUCGGCGGACUCCAUGCGGGCCCCUAGCCCAAUGCGCCAUCACGACACAACUGCGCACCAACCGCUUCCCUCCCCUCCAACCCUCCCCGCUCACAGUCUGGUUCCCACACAUAAACCAGUGACCCCGAUGCACCUACCGGAUACCACGAGCGAGGCGUCCACACAUCAACCGUUGCCUGCCCAUCAGACGGUUCCCAACGCCAGACGCUUUGUACCGAGGGAGCUCCGAGAUCCGGACUGGAAUCCCUCCAAGGAUCAUCACCAAGGGAGCUCCUCCUCUGCUUCUAAGAAAAAGAAGAAGAAAAAGAAGAAGAAACACAAGAAGCACAAAAAACAUUCCAAGAAAAUAAAGAGUUUCGAGACACUCCAACCCUAUAGAUUACCCCCAGCUUUGGAUAGUCACAAUUAUGCCAAGUCACCGCUCAUGUCAGACGAUGACAUCUCCGCACUCUCGUCGGCGUCCUCCACGAGUGAAUCGGAGAGCAACUACCUCACCGAUGACGAAAGUGAUGUAGAUGGGAAGAAUGCACGCUCUCGAGACUACAAGACGGAGAGUAUCUUGAAGAAGAACGUCGGCGAUGCGGACAGGGGAGAGUCUUCCAUACUUCGAGUAACUUUUAAGGAGGAGAAGGGUCUAGAUCCUCAGAUCCAUUCACAACCAAAGACUGUCGAUGGUAGAUAUGAUAUGUCAAAGCAGCUUAGCAUUCAGACGGUGUUUGAGAAUAAAGAAAUGCCCUCGCCCUCGUCCAGUUCGGGCAGCACCGACACUGCCUCGGAGAUGGGUAGUGCCUUUAACUCGCCUAUCUGCUCAGCGACUGCCUCGCGAUCCUGCAGUCCAAACAUGACCAAGCUUCUAAAGUUCCAACACUGGAAGUCCAGCACAGUCACAGACCUCAACGCCCAGCUUGAAGCAUCGGUGGCAGAGGGGCAUACCAGGGCCAGAUCAUCGGGCGGGAGAUUUAUACAGACCCGGAGAUCUGCACUGAAGAGGGCAUCGAUUGAUGGAUUGCCAGACUCGACUUCAAUGGUGUCGUCGACUUCACAAGGGGAUACACUGGGAUUGAACAAUGCAAUGUGCUCAUCAUCCUUAGGCAUGCCUGCUGCACAAGCAAGUCCAUCCUUGCUGCUCUCACAACAUGGAAAACCUCCUUUUGCUCAACGAGAUCUGUUAGAGCUACUGAAGAGUGUGGAGGCAGAGAUAGAUGUCUACGAGCAGAAAUUACUGGACGAAAAUGAGAAGAGGAAUAAGUACAAGAUUGACGAUUGCCGUCGCUCCCACAACUACGACCCUUUCAUCUGCACCUUCCUGUCCAUGCUGGCUGAGCAGGGAAAGCUGGCCAGCCUCGUGGAGAAGCACACCCUAAUCAAACGGCGCCAGGGGGUCCCUCUCGGGCGACUCAAAAAGACCACCAACCGCUCACGGGACAGGAGGCGACGGAAGGCACGGCCGCAGCCUUCAGUAGCAGCAAAGAAAAGGAAGAUACGUUAAUGUAUUCUACUUGAAAAAUAAACUACAAACCACACCUUUAUUUUCUAAGGAGUGUGAAUGUAAUCGCUCUCCGCGAAACUCUUUUAUCUUUUUUUCCGAUGAGUGCGAACAGAAAUUACUUGUUAAAAGUUGAAAUUGAAUUCUUCUAAAACCAGGAGUUAAAAAUGUAUUCACUACUGAUCACAAACUUAGGAGAUCUACAUGAUGGACCCUAGCUGUUCAUGCGGGAGAGUGAGUAGCGUUAGUUUAGGUCUAAUCAUGUAACUGAGAUAAUAAUUAGCUAUUCCAAUCCUGUAAUCCGGUAUGCACAAAUGAAUUGUCAGAAUAUUCAUUUUGGUUUUUACUCCUACACCAAUGUGUGUUAGCACUGUAUACUCGGUACUUUCCUGAGUUCUGUG